CUCUCAGCGCUGGUUUAGUCUGGCUCGCCCCCAGUUGCUGCAUUUGUCCCGGGAUGACCUGUUGAUGUCGGUAGCUAAAAUAUAGUAAGAUUUCUGUAGUGGUGCUGGCCAUUGCGUCAUGGCUCAGACCCUUCAGAUGGCGAUUCCCAAUUUCGGCAACAACGUCCUGGAGUGUCUGAACGAGCAGCGUCUGCAGGGUCUCUACUGCGACGUGUCGGUGGUGGUCAAGGGCCAUGCCUUCAAGGCGCACCGGGCCGUGCUGGCGGCCAGCAGCUCCUACUUCCGCGACCUGUUCAACGCCAGUGGCGGCGCCGGCAACAAGACGCCGGUGGUGGAGCUGCCGCCCGCGGUCCAGCCGCAGAGCUUCCAGCAGAUUCUGUCCUUCUGCUACACGGGUCGCCUGAGCAUGAACGUGGGCGACCAGUUCUUGCUCAUGUACACGGCGGGCUUCCUGCAGAUCCAGCAGAUCAUGGAGAAGGGCACCGAGUUCUUCCUGAAGGUCAGCUCGCCCAGCUGUGACUCGCAGGGCCUGCACGCCGAGGAGGGGGCGCCGCCGUCCGAGCCCCAGAGCCCUGUGGCGCAGACCACAGUGGGGGUCAGCGUUGGCGGUGGUGGUGGGGGAGGAGGAGGAGGUGGGGUCGACCAGCCACGGUCGAGCAGCCGGCCGGCGUCCUGCCUGACCCCGCUGCCGCUGGUGUCCAAGGUGAAGACGGAGCAGCCGGAGGCGUCGCCCUACUCGGUGGUGUGCACACCCGUGGCCAAGCGCCUCUGGGAGGGCGGCAACCGGGGCGAGAGCGGUGGCGGCUCGGGGGGGUCGGGCGGCAGCAUGCGCAAGGCGGCCCGCUUCUCCCAGGAGGCUGCCCGCGGCAGCUCCAUCCAGAGCAGCCUGGGCCUGGGCCUGGCGCUGGCGGGCAACGGGGGCGGCGCCGGCAGCAACGGGAACGGCACCAGCACGGCCACCCCCGAGGGCACCAGCCCGGGCAACCUCAGCGCCUACACCAGCGACUCUCCCAUCUCUUACCACGACGACGAGGAAGAGGAGGAGGUGGUGGACGACGGCACGGAGGAGCAGUAUCGACAGAUCUGCAACAUGUACACCAUGUACAGCAUGCUCAACAUGGGCGCAGCAGGUGAGAGCACACGCCAUGGGGCACCCCCAGCGACAGUGGCGGGCGAGCGCGUGGAGGCCCUGCCUGACCACUCCGAGACGCGGAGUCGGGGCCGAGGGCGGCAGGACCUGGCCUCUUUGCCCACGGAGCUCAUAGCACAGAUCGGCAACCGCUGCCACCCCAAGCUGUACGAGGAGGGCGACCCUGCCGAGAAACUGGAGCUGGUCUCAGGCACCAACGUGUACAUCUCGAGGGCCCAGCUCAUGAACUGUCAUAUCAGUGCAGGCACCAGACACAAGGUUCUCCUGCGGAGGUUGCUGGCUGCGUUCUUUGACAGGAGCACUCUGGCGAACAGCUGCGGAACCGGCAUCCGCUCCUCCACCAACGACCCCAGCCGCAAGCCUCUGGACAACCGCGUCCUGCACGCUGUCAAGUUCUACUGCCAGAACUUUGCCACCAGCUUCAAGGAGAGCGAGAUGAACGCCAUCGCGGCGGACAUGUGCACCAACGCGCGGCGCGUGGUGCGCAAGAGCUGGAUCCCCAAGCUGAAGCUGCUGAUGGCCGAGGGUGACGCCUACGCCAGCUUCCUGCCCGACGGGGUCAAGCUGGAGGCGGACGCGCUUGGCGCUGAGGGCGCCUUCGACCCAGCCGGCCUGGAGGGCGGUCCGGCCGGAGGCCCUGGCGAGGUGGGGGCCAGCGACUCCCUGCAGGACGUGGGAGGGGACAGCAGCUCCUUGUUUUAGGGGGCUAAACCUGUCGCCCCACCCCAUCCACCCCACCCCUCCUUCCACAACCACAGUCCGACCCAUCCCACACACACACACACACACACACACACACACACCCAACAUAUAUGCCGCUGCCGCCGCGCUGCUUCCGGCUCCCCUCCACCCCUAAAUGUCACGUACCCCAACCCUCCUGCCCUACUGUUGUGAUCUGACCAAGCCCAGCCCUGCCCAGCCCAGCCCAGCCCAACCUCCCCAACCCCCCCCAUUACUUGACUCUGGGUUCCGCUGCUUCUACCCAGGAUUGGUCCAGUCAGCCGGGUUCGAUGGAGGCGGUCCUCACAGGUACUGUCCGAGGAGGCAGUGGGUAGGAAUGUGAUUGGUCUCAAAAGGAGACAAGGGGAUGUUUUGAUGUUUUUUCCUCUUCUUUUGAUUACUAUUUUGUUUUGGUAACACGAAAAAGUCAAUGCUUACCCUUUUUGCACAGAGGCCCUCUUCCUACAAGCUUUGCUUUCAUUUUUUGUUUUGUUUUGUUUUAAUUGAUCGUUAUUAUAAUGUUGUCCUUUUAUUUACUCAAAGUCAGGUGAAUUCAUUUCAUUUAUUUCAUUACCUGACAGAAAAAAUACAUGUCAAAAAGACCCCCCACCCCACCACCACCACCCCCUCCUUUAUUUCACCAUUUCAUAUCAGAGGCGCUGAUGGUCAAGUGGAGAGUGUGGGUCAUGCCAGGCCCACUGCUCUGGUACUGGUAGUGGUACUGAAUGUAACUGGCAUGACGAUGUGUGCCAGUGUGCCCACCUCCCAGGAGGGAGAGAGGGCAGCGGGCACUGGAUGGACACAAGAUGCUCUGGGCAGAGAGGAGAGAUUCCUGUGGUGGAAGCACCUUCUCGUUCUCUCUCUCUCUCUCUCUCUCUCUCUCUCUCUCUCUCUCUCUCUCUCUCUCUCUCUCUACUCUAUUUUUUUCACUCUCUCUCAGUUUGUCAUCAUCUCCCUCGUCCCUGUCUCUAUCCCUCCUUUCCUUGUACUAUCAUCCGCGCCUCAGCUCUGGCCAGUCAUCACCUGCAGAACGAAGGAGUGGAGAAAGAGAACGUUUUUUUGCCCCCCCCCCACAUCUUCCCUCUUUUUCCACACGGCCCUGAUCUUGGUGAAGUGUCUGUGUGCGAAUCUGAUCGCAGACACCGUUGGAACCAGAGCGGAAAACCAAUGAACGAAAAAGAGAGGGACAUGGGUGGAGGAAAAACUGAAAAGGAAAUCGAGAGACUUGUCGUUGGGAAAAAAAGUAUUUAUCUAGACGCACCUUUACCAUGUGCACAGAGAGACCUAGAGAGAAAGAGAGGGAUUGUUCUCAGAUCUCUUUGCUUUUUUUUUCUUCCUUUUUUUAGUGCUUUUUUAACAUUUCCUUUUGUUUGACUGAAAUGUUUGUGAUGAGUAGUCUUGCAUAUGAGAUGAAACAAAAAGAGAGUAUAAAAUAUUUUUGCAUUAAGUGAUCUUAUCUAGGCCGGGUGGGCGCUUUAUACUUACUCGUCUGCCGUUCAGAACGGCGUGUUUAAGAGUUCCUGGUUUGGUCCCAGCUGUGGCAAUAUCGAGAGACCAUUGCUUAUUUGAUCGGUGGGUUUGGCUGUAUAGCUGAUGGGUGAUCAGUGCUUUUCUUACUUUAUAGCGACUGAUCCUGGAUCUGCUGGGCUAUUUUUACCCUGUGCUGACUUGGGUGCAUGACAGGACCGAGAGCUGACCUGAAAUCGGAAUGGUGUUCUAGAGAGCGCAUUUGCUGGUUGGUCUUAGACCUGGUUUAGAUCAGCUUCAGGCUAGUGACUGUCUAUAUAUGUGGCGUGUUGCUACAUUUUUAGAAUAGGGAUUCCGAGAUGACCCUACGCCCCUUUCCUUGAAUACACACUAUACAUGCGCGCGCGCACACACACACACCACCAUGCCGGAGGUGUGGAGUAAUCAGUGUGUUUGUGUGUGUAUAGGAAGGGGAAGGGGACUCUAGAGGUGGGACCUGGCCUCAUACUGUCUUAAAGGUGGGGCUUGAGCCCUAUUUAGGUUUAGGGGUAAAGCUGUGUUCCCAGGAAGGGUGAGUCUGUGUGGCUUUAUAUGCCUGUCUCACUUGUGUGUGUGUGUGUGCAUUGGGUGAGGGGAAAGUGGGGGCAGGCAGGAUUAGUGUUAAAAGUCAUGACUGACAGCUUGCAGACGUCUUUGUGUUUGGGCAGCUGUGUGUGUGUGUGUGUGUGUGUGUGUUCAAGGGCUGGCAUGCCAUUCAGUGUGGGUGUGGGCAACCAUAUGUGCACAUUCCAUGCAUAGAGUUGACUCUGUGUGCUAACUGUGUGUGUGCAUAAGAAAGCAGUACAUGUUUGGAUCUGUUUGCUGUUCCUGUUGGCCCUGUGUGUGUGUGCGCGUGUUGAUAGAAUAAGCAGAGUUAAACCAGAAUGUAGGUAAAGCAGUAAAGUUACAUUUGCAUAGCAGGACCUUGUUCUCUAAUUUCCAUGUCCAAAUUCGAGUUGUGCCUCUGUACCAUGCACAAGUACUGUGUUUGUCACACACACACACACACACACACACACACACACACACACAUACAUACAUGUACACACAAAGAGAAGCUCCAGUGUACUCAGCUGGGCUCUGCCUAGCUAAGUGUCCCCUCUCUCAGCUCCUUCCUUUACCUUUCAUUUAGGCUCAGUCAUAUGGCUUUAAAGAAGCAUGGUGUUUUUAAAAGCACAUUGUCUCUACAGAGGGGUGUGAGAACAUUUUCCACUGAGGUGUAUGUGUGUUUGUGUGUGAGUGUGAGUGUCUCUCACUUGGCUUUAUCUCCAGUGCUAUGUGAUGUGACCUAAUUUUAGUGAUUUGCACCUUUACUGUUUGCACUGCUUUAGUGUGUGUGUGUGUGUGUGUGUGUGUGUGUGGACAGGAGAUGUUUGUGCCACAGUAGGGGUAUCCUUUCUGGGGAUGCAGCUGAUGUGCCUGAUGAUAAUUCGGUGUCUUUCCUAGUGGAGCUGUGGAGCUUUGUGCACCUUUUUCAUAGUCGGAACUAGUGCUUUUUGCACCUUUUUGUAGAGGACUGUAGGGGGCCAUGCACCUUUAUUUUGUAGAUUCAAAGUGAGAUGGUUUCUGGACUAAACCAAUGGAUUUGUGUGUGUGUGUGUGAGAGAGAAAGAGAGAGUGUUUGUGGGUCUUUGUGAAAGAGGGAGAGUGUGUGUGUGUGUGUGUGUGUGUGUGAGACUGCCAGAGGCUCCUUGAAAACAGGACACAGUCUUGUCUUUGAGAACGUAAUGUGCAGUGUAAAUAUUGAAAGGAUUGUUGAGCUGAUUUUUACGAUGUUUUAGACUUCUGUUUUGUAGGACUUGUGAGAUUUGUCAAUAUGAAUUCUUUUUUUAGAUGUCAUUUCCCCUCUUUUUUUCCUAGUUUUUGCCUCCUAGAUGUUUUGUUUUCUUUCCUUGUUUUUUGAAACGUGUAUAGACUAAAGAUACUGAGUGGAGGCUUCCCCUUACCCAGCAUGCAUCAUGCCAGAGAAUCAGACCACAGCUAGGACUAUGGAUUCAUGAGUUGGCCUCCAUGAUGAGAGGAACCACAGUCUGGUUAGGCUGUUUGUAUAUUAAGACUUCCUCCUAUGAUCCUUUUACUUUUGUUUACUCUGUGACUGAGCUGAACUACCAAUUGUUUGGUUUUUCUAGACGUUGAGAGAUGCAUGAAUGUAUGUAGGAGGUCAUUCAGUUUCUGCAAUUUCCUUUAAUAGUUCCGUUCUUUUUUUUUUUUUUUUACUUUCUCCCCUAUCAACCAAGCUUGUAGAACGUACUGUAUUUACCUUUUUAUAGAAAGAGAGAGAGCGAGAGAGAUCUACUAACAAGGUUGAGUUGCCAAUUGUUUGUUUUUGUUUUGCUAAAGAGAAAAAGUAAAAUAGGAUAUGGGAAAAAAACGUGUAGGACAGAACAUUGCCUAUUUUUUCAUUUUUGAUAAGGACUUAAGUGCUGAAUUUGUGUAGGGAACGGGGAGCUUUAAGAGAGAUUAUGGUGCUAUGUAAGGUCACUUUGAAGCAGGCCCAUGUUUGGUGACUUCAUAUAUCUGAGGUGUUCUUAACUGGGAUUUUUUUUUUUCUUACUUUCUGGUACUGGCACAUUUUAAAGCAUUUCCCGCAUCUCCAAGAAAAUUUAAAAUCCUGUCUAGAGAAUGUUUCAGUACUCGUCUGGCUGUUUAAGUACUGUGUUUUGUUCUUUUAGCAUCACACUGAGGUAUAGAGGGUGCCAAAAAAAACACCCACUACUGUUGUGGUGCCAAGGUAUGUAAACGGCUCCCAUCUACACACUGUAAAAGCAUCACCUCAAACAGGACUCAGCAGUGCCACUUAUGGAAUGCCAUUCGACGGAUGGCCUCCAUUUUGAUGGCACAGAUCCGAUCUGCAGCAUGGUGUGCCUAAGGGAGAAGGGGAGGGGGGUAGUUGGCUGGCAAGGAAUCGGUGUGUGUCUGUCGCCAUCUGGCGUUUUGUAUUGUAAUUGUGGUUUACCUUGGUGCUCUGCUUGCCCACCACCUCUAGAGGGCACUACAUGUUAACGGGAAAAGUGGCACUGGAUUGGAAUGGUUGCCUUUAUGAUCAAAGUAUGUGAUUUUGUUUUUUUAUUUUGUUUUUUUAAACCCUAGUUGUGCUCUCAUUAUCUGAGUUUCAGAUUAUGUGUCAUACUUAAAGGACAUCUUCCAAAUGACCCACGCAAGUCAAUCCAAAGUGAGCUUGGGUGGUCCUGUUCAACCAUUGUGUGUGAGUGUGUAUGUGAGAAGCCGAGAUUUCUCAUCAAAAAAAGAUGACAUUUCCACAUGUCUGCACCUUCCUUCCUCUGCACUCAAGAGAAGCACCUUUUUUAGGGGGGGGUUAGGGCUCCGGUAAGGAUGUCCACCCCCUCCUGGCACCUUGCAAUCACUCCGUGUGUGGAGAGCAGGGGAAGGUCAGGCUGCCUAGGCUAGCCUGGGUUUGGCUGUAACUGAGUGAAUGUUUCGAUUUGGGGAUUUUUCAUCACAUUUUUAUUUUUUAUUUUUACAUUUUGUGUUUCUAAAAGCAUCUUAUCAAUGUCCAAAAGUAAGGCAGGCCCUUUUAAAUGGGAAUGUUGCAUGUAUUGAGGCUGAAUGAUCUGAUGGCGACUGAGGUAUUACGCAAAAACUUGAGAGAGAAGGGGAUGUAAGGAGGAAAAGGGUUGGAGCUGACCAUUGUUCUACCUCUCUCUCAUUUUCAAACUGCAGUCAUUUGGGUCUUUUCUUUCACCUCUGACCUCUGCUCUUCCACGGAUGCCCUUGAGCAGAGGUUUUGGCAGAACCCUUUGCAGACAUCCACACAUCAUGUGUGGAAUUGUCCCUUUGCAGCCAGGGGUGUCUUUCACUGACGCGUACUAAGGUAUGCUCAAGAUUGUGUGACUGUUUGUGUGUGUGUGUGUGUGUGUGUAUAUAGCACGUUUUGCAUUGUUCUGCUAGCACCUCACCUGUCUGGGUUGGGAGCCAUAGCUAGGUUAACCCCUGAUGUGCUAAACAUGCACGCAGUACAUUGAACAUCCUAGGGCAGUUUCACAGCAACACACAGCAGCAGCAUCUUGUGUGCUGGUAUGCUACAGAAUGGAAACGGCAGUUUCAAGAAGUGAAUGGUAGUGUUAUCAAACCAACUUCAGUCGGACUACAGGAAAAUCCAAAAACAGCUUGCUGAAGCACACUGACAGACAGGGCAAAAAUAAAAAUAUGGGGUGUUAUUUUUUUUUUGUUCGUUUUUUUGUUUUUGUUUUUGUUUUUGUAAGAUGCAACCUCUCUGGUGGUGUCUUUGGGGUCAGUAGAUCCCAAAUUCACUCUUUAUACAAACAUAGAGAUAUACAUAUAUAUAUAUAUAUAUACUGUAUAUUAUACAUAGAAGCACUACUGAAGUUUGAUUGUUCAUUGUGCACUCACAGCAUGAAGUGUAAGCCAGAAACCACGCUUUUGGAAACCAAUGCAGUGGCGUCUGCUGAUGUCAAAGAGCCCCCACCCCCAAAAUACACCGU